AUGUAUCUCCUCCUCUUCUUCCCUUUACUGGUCCUCCCGGCCCUCAGCGUCUUACACGAAGAACGCCGUUCAAUACCUUCCUCUUAUGCUCGCUCUCUCGACCCUCCCGCGCCAGACACACCUCUUCCCAGCCCACUCCGCUUCUUCCUCCAGCAAUCCAACGUUCAUCUCGGCCCCUCAGCGCUGCUAAACGUCUCCUCCCCUUCCUCCCCUUUCUUCCGGAAGCAUUGGACGAAAAAGCAAGUCGACGCAUUUUUCGCUCCUGAGCCCAAGCGUGCAGAGGCCGUUGAGCGUUGGCUUGCUUCCCAAGGCAUCCCGCAGGGGAAGAUCAGGCGCUCUCGUUCUGGAGGGUCGGUGGACGUGCACGGACUUUCCGUUUCGGAAGCACAGAGCUUGCUUAAUACUUCCUACUCGGUUUACACCCACCAGGAGCGCGGGACGACGCAUUUGGGAUGUACGGAAUACCACCUACCUGAGGAGGUGGCAGAGCACGUCGACUUUGUCUACCCUACGCUGCAGUUCGAUGGACAUGCACACAAGCAAGGCGUCACUAUUCCCCUCUCCGCUCGGGAAUCGGCGAUGCGCAUCUCAGGUCAGGAGCCGAAGGAGAAGAAGAGAGGUAAGGUGGGGCUGGGAGUGCCCGGAAGUGGAAGCUUGCCGAAGCAAGGAGAGCAGUUAUCCACCGACCAGCUCAACGGCGGGAUUAGCGUUUGUGGGGAGUUCAUCGUGCCUGAGUGUCUACAAGAGCUAUACAACUACCCGGCGCCAAAUCUCUCCGCUCCCUCCUACCCAUCGGAGCAUCUCGGAAUAGUAGAAUACACACCGCAGUCCUAUCUCCCUAAUGAUCUCGAGAUGUUCUUCGGCUACUACCUCUCUCCUGGAGUGGGCGAGCGCCCAACGCUCUACUCUAUCGAUGGUGGAUACCCACAAGACGAAUAUCUGGGGUUCGAGUAUCAGGGAGAGAGCAGCCUGGAUUUAGAGUAUGCGAUGGCCCUUUCCUGGCCGGAGAUCCCAAUGCUCUACCAGGUCGGGGACCUGUCUGGUUCUGCGAGUUUUGGCAACUUCUUGAAUGCGCUGGAUGGAAGCUAUUGUGGAGAGAACGAUCCUAGUGUGGACGAGACCUUCCCUAACUCUUACUGGCCCUACCCAGAAGACUGCGGAACGGUCCCCCAAGCCACUGUGAUCUCCACAUCCUACAACUACAACGAGUUCGACCUCCCCGUCAGCUACAUGGAGAGACAGUGUCAUGAGUACCUGAAGCUCGGCUUGGAGGGGAUUACCGUGGUGUUCAGCUCUGGAGACUAUGGUGUAGGGGGGAAUAUGGGUAUGUGUAUGGACGAUACCACUGGUGCCAUGUUCACGCCUUCGUUCCCCUCCACCUGUCCCUGGGUGCUCUCUGUCGGCGCUACGCAAAUCCCCUACGGGACGACCACCCCGUUCACAACACCGGAAGUCGCGUGCGAAGACGUGAUCGUCUCAGGCGGAGGGUUCAGCAAUGUCUUCUCCCGCCCUGGAUACCAGGAUGACCAGGUCGCGGGGUGGUCGGACAACUACGGACCUGUGGGCUUGGGGUAUGACUAUAACACGGACUCCAUGCGCGGAUACCCGGAUAUAAGCGCUAAUGGAGCAGGUUAUGUCGUUGCAGCUGAUGGAGAGUUCCUACUGUUGUACGGAACGAGUGCGAGUGCGCCAGUGAUAGCAUCCAUGCUCGCGAAGAUCAACUCCGAGCUCGCGAGUCAGGGGAACGCGCCUAUCGGAUUUAUCAAUUCGGUCAUAUAUGCCAACCCCGACCGCGUCCACGAUAUCAUCUCGGGCAGCAACCCAGGUUGCGGCACAAAGGGGUUCAGUACUACUCCUGGAUGGGAUCCCGUCACUGGUAUGGGGACUCUCAACUUUGAGAAGCUGCUGGAGUUCUAUAUGGCACUUGGGUGA